GGGCGCUGCUGCCAUGGCGCUGGAGACCCUCUCCCCGGACUGGGACUUCGACCGCUUCGACGACGGCUCCCAGAAAAUUCAUGCUGAAGUACAGUUGAAGAAUUAUGGGAAAUUUCUUGAGGAAUAUACUUCUCAGCUGAGGAGAAUAGAAGAUGCAUUGGAUGACUCAGUUGGAGAUGUUUGGGACUUCAAUCUCGAUCCUAUAGCAUUAAAGCUUUUGCCCUAUGAACAGUCUUCCCUGCUGGAGCUCAUAAAUACAGAAAACAAGGUUCUGAACAAAGUAAUAACUGUGUAUGCUGCCCUUUGCUGUGAAAUCAAGAAGUUAAAAUAUGAGGCGGAAACUAAAUUUUAUAAUGGCCUCUUGUUUUAUGGAGAAGGAGCUACAGAUUCCAGCAUGGUGGAAGGUGAUUCCCAAAUACAGAUGGGAAGAUUUAUUUCAUUUUUACAGGAGCUGUCUUGUUUUGUUACACGGUGCUAUGAAGUGGUGAUGAAUGUAAUUCAUCAGCUGGCUGUUCUCUAUACCAGCAACAAGAAUGCACCUAAAAUUAUAGAGACAUCAGGAGUUCAUUUCCAGACUAUGUAUGAGCAUCUAGGAGAGCUGCUGACAGUCUUACUCACGCUGGAUGAAAUAGUUGACAAUCAUGCCACUCUGAAAGACCACUGGACCAUGUACAAAAGGCUACUAAAAUCUGUCCAUCACAACCCUUCAAAGUUUGGGAUUCAGGAAGAUAAACUGAAGCCAUUUGAGAAGUUGUUAUUAAAACUGGAAGGCCAGUUACUUGAUGGGAUGAUAUUCCAGGCCUGUAUAGAACAACAGUUUGACUCUCUCAAUGGAGGAGUGGCUGUCUCGAAGAAUAGCACUUUUGCCGAAGAGUUUGCACAUAGUAUUCGCACAAUUUUUGCAAAUGUUGAAGCUAAACUUGGUGAACCCUCAGAAAUUGACCAGAGAGAUAAGUACGUAGGAAUUUGUGGUCUCUUUGUACUGCAUUUUCAGAUUUUUCGGACAGUAGACAAGAAAUUUUACAAAUCGUUACUGGACAUUGGCAAAAAGGUGCCAGCCAUCACAUUAACUGCUAAUAUUAUUUGGUUUGCUGAUAACUUUCUGAUCCAGAAAAUGCCAGCUGCUGCCAAACUUCUGGAUAGGAGAAGCCAUCAUGUGAUUAAAACUCAAAGGGAGAAUUUUCUACAACAGAAGGCUCAGUUACUUACCAAAGAGGUGCAGUCAUAUUAUGUCUUUGUGAGCUCAUGGAUGACAAAAAUGGAAUCUAUCUUGUCUAAGGAACAGCGGAUGGAUAAGUUUGCUGAAGACCUUUCUAACAGAUGUAAUGUCUUUAUACAGGUUGGUUUUCUUUAUGCUUACAGCCUUAGCACCAUCAUUAAAACCACAAUGAAUCUCUACAUGUCAAUGCAAAAACCUAUGACCAAAACCUCAGUGAAAGCAUUAUGCAGACUUGUGGAACUUCUCAAGGCAAUAGAACAUACAUUUUAUAGAAGAAGUAUGGUUGUGGCAGAUUCUGUGACACACAUAACUCAGCAUCUCCAGCAUCAGGCUCUUAACUCUAUUUCUAUAGCCAAGAAAAGAGUAAUUUCUGACAAAAAAUACAGUGAGCAGCGCCUGGAUGUGCUCUCUGCUCUGGUAUUGGCUGAGAAUACCCUCAACGGGCCAAGUAUAAAACAGAGGCGCCUUAUUGUUUCCCUUGCACUGAGUGUGGGCACACAGAUGAAAACAUUUAAAGAUGAAGAGCUGCUUCCCCUCCAAGUAGUUAUGAAGAAACUGGACUUAAUCAGUGAACUUAAGGAGCGCGUCCGAACACAGUGUGAUUGUAGCUUCUUGUACUGGCAUCGAGCAGUCUUCCCAAUUUAUUUAGAUGAUGUGUAUGAAAAUGCAGUUGAUGCAUCUAGAUUGCAGUACAUGUUUAGUGCAUUACGGGACUGUGUUCCUGCUAUGAUGCAUUCAAGACACUUGGAGUCCUGUGAGGUACUUCUGGAGUGCUAUGACAAAGAAAUCAUGGAAGUUUUAAAUGAGCACUUGCUGGACAAAUUGUGUAAAGAAAUAGAAAAGGAUCUACGUCUUUCUGUGCACACACACUUAAAGCUUGAUGACAGAAAUCCUUACAGAGUUGGGAUGAAGGAUCUGGCCCACUUUUUCUCUCUGAACCCAAUUCGAUUUUUCAAUCGGUUCAUUGACAUCAAAGUUUAUGUAACACACUACCUAGACAAGACCUUCUACAACCUAACAACUGUAGCUCUUCAUGACUGGGCCACAUACAGUGAAAUGAGGAAUUUAGCAACUCAGCGCUAUGGCUUAAUUAUGACAGAAGCACAUCUUCCCAGUCAGACUUUAGAACAGGGUCUGGAUGUUUUGGAAAUCAUGAGAAAUAUUCAUGUUUUUGUAUCUCGCUACCUCUACAAUCUCAAUAAUCAGAUCUUCAUUGAGAGAACUAGUAAUAAUAAGCAUUUGAACACUAUCAAUAUCCGGCACAUUGCUAAUUCCAUUCGAACUCACGGCACAGGAAUCAUGAACACAACAGUUAAUUUCACUUACCAGUUUCUGAGGAAAAAGUUCUAUAUCUUUAGCCAGUUCAUGUAUGAUGAACAUAUCAAAUCCAGACUGAUCAAAGAUAUCCGAUUCUUCAGGGAAGUCAAGGAUCAAAAUGAUCAUAAGUAUCCCUUUGAGAGAGCAGAGAAGUUCAACCGGGGCAUCAGAAAACUUGGAAUAACGCCUGAUGGACAAAGUUACCUUGACCAAUUCAGGCAGCUCAUAAGUCAGAUAGGCAAUGCAAUGGGCUAUGUGCGAAUGAUAAGAUCUGGUGGACUUCACUGCUGUAGUAGUGCAAUUAGGUUUGUUCCUGACCUUGAAGAUAUUGUUAAUUUUGAGGAACUAGUGAAAGAAGAAGGACUCUCAGAAGAAACACAAAAAGCAGCAAGGCAGUUGGAUUCUGUCCUCACUGAUCUCACACGUAAUUCUGCAGAAGGGACAGAGUACUUCAAAAUGCUUGUCGACGUGUUUGCUCCCGAAUUCCGCAGUCCAAAGAACAUGCACUUGCGCAACUUUUACAUUAUUGUUCCCCCACUGACUCUCAACUUUGUAGAACAUUCAAUUAGCUGUAAAGAGAAGCUGAAUAAAAAGAACAAAGGUGGAGCAGCUUUCACUGAUGAUGGUUUUGCCAUGGGUGUGGCUUACAUUCUAAAGCUUUUGAAUCAGUACCAGGAGUUUGAUUCACUUCACUGGUUCCAGUCAGUCAGGGAGAAGUAUGUGAAGGAGAUAAGAGCAGUAGCUAAGCAACAGAAUGUGCAAUCAACUAGUCAAGAUGAAAAGCUACUACAGACUAUGAACCUUACUCACAAGCGACUGGAAGUUUGUUUACAGGAGUUUGAACUGCUUUAUUUCUCGCUAAGCAGUGCAAGAAUAUUUUUUAGAGCAGACAAAACUGCAGCAGAAGAAAACCAGGAAAAGAAAGAGAGAGAAGAAUCUGUUAAAACAAGCAAUGGAGACCUCUCCACCGCUGCACAUGCAGAUCCUGUUGUGAAAUGA